AUGAUACUAGUAUCUAUAGCUAGUGAAUCAAGCAUUUUGUCACAACUGAUUUCAAUACAUGGUGAAAGAGUACAAGUAGCAUCAGUGAUUGUUAAUGAAACAAUAAACUUACCUGGUGAUGCUGAAGAAUGUAUUAAAAGACUCAAAUCACAUAAUCUGCCCGAGGAUAACAGUUUUGCCUUCAUGUUAGCAUGUGUUGGUAGAGGGGAAGGUUUAUAUGAACAAUCUAAUAUUGAGUCAGCACUGUUUAGAAAAUAUUUCCCUAAAACUCCUUUGAUAGGUUUGUUUGGAAAUGGAGAAAUUGGAUAUGAUCAUGUAAAUAAGGGAUCACCUUCCCAAGAAGUGGAACCAGACUGCAAGAAGAAGAAAUCUGACGUUAAACUAUAUCAUUCUUUCACAACUGUGUUUGUUCUGGUGUCAAUAACUUGA